AUGUCCCCACACGUCGUGUCCGUGCAAGAGGUGGGUGGGCAGAAUCAACUGCCGCCAGUGCGGGCAGCGCACGCACGUGCGGAGGCGUCGCAAAGAUACCGGCGCCCCCACGUCUUGCAUGUGGAGCUCGACGAGCUGGUCUUGAAUGCCGCAGACCUUGGCCUGGAGCUUGCCUGGUACGAGACUGCAAAGUAUUUCGUCUCUUUGCAUCCAAGCUCUGUGCGCCUUCCCACCGUGCAAUGGCCGAGGGAAGCGCCACUCCCGAAGCCGCAUGCGAAUUACAUGGCCUCUCUGGCACAGCCAGCUCGGGCUUCCACGUCCGGCGUCUACGACAAGCAAGAGCUGGUGCAGAUUCAAGAGAAGCUGGAGAUGCACGUCGAUGCCUUGGAUUCGCACUUUGUGCUGUUCUUAUGGUGCCAACGAAGCUCCUUACUCGGGGACUCGACAGUCCUGUUGGGCUACCGGCCCAUUCCUUUGCGGGAUGAGACACUGUACUGUCGCUGGGCAGCCUGGGACAUCUCGGACUUGGAGGCAGCACAAGAGCUGGCGCAGCUCAACAUCCGCCUCACCGUCACUGCACC